CUCCACACAACUCCUCUCUCUCUCUCUCUCUCUCUCUCUCUCUCUCUCUCUCUCUCUUCUCUCUCUCUAGGACUGUAGAUGCACAUAUACAUAAAACUUCACCGUAUCUAUAUUAUCUCCACAAUAUUCUUCUUCUACAAUUAAAAUAAAAAAACAUUAUUUUUAUUUGGUAGGAUUAAAUUUCUGGAAGAUGCAAGCGAAUAACGAUUCCGAAUCUCAACCGAGUAAUAAUCCCCAAAAGGAUGGUGGGAACAACGACGACGAGAGCACUAGUGACAACAAGGUGGCGGCGGCGCCGCCGAUAGCGGCGGCGGCGGCGCAGGGGCAGCAGUGGGUGGCGAUGCCGUACCCGCCGGCGGCGGCGGCGAUGGUAAUGCAGCAUGGGAUGAUACCGGCGCCGCAUUACGCGCCGCACUACAUGCCCUUCCACCACCCACACCCUCACCCACACCACCGCCACCACUACCACCACCAGCCGCCGCCGCCGCCGUCUCCGCAGCAUCAUCAGGGCGGCAACGGCAAUGGGGAGAAUCGCACGAUCUGGGUGGGUGACCUACAUAAUUGGAUGGACGAACAGUAUCUCCGCACUUGCUUCGAUUCGACCGGAGAGGUUUCCUCGAUAAAGCUCAUUCGCAAUAAGCAAACGGGGUCCACCGAAGGGUACGGAUUUGUGGAAUUCUCAACUCACGCCGCAGCCGAAAAAGUCCUCCAAUCCUAUUCUUGCAUGGCUAUGCCCAGCACCGAUCAAUUUUUCCGUUUGAAUUGGGCUACAUUCAGCAUGGGCGACAAACGUUCGAAUAUGAACGGCUCAGAUCGCUCCAUCUUCGUAGGGGACUUAGCCGCUGAUGUCACCGACACAUUACUGCACGAGACUUUUUCCACUAAAUACCCCUCCGUUAAAGCUGCUAAAGUUGUCAUUGAUGCUAUUACGGGCCGCUCGAAAGGCUACGGUUUCGUUAGGUUCGAAGAUGAUAGUGAAAGAUCGCAGGCUAUGACUGAAAUGAACGGUGUUUAUUGCUCGAGUAGGCCCAUGCGAAUUGGCCCAGCUACUCCGAGGAAGUCGUCUGGUUAUCAGCAACAAUACUCGCCACAAGGUGGGUACUCAAAUGGCUUCUCUGCGCACGGCUCGCAAUUAUCUGAUGGAGAUUCCGUGAACACGACAAUUUUUGUUGGAGGACUCGACCCUAGUGUCACAGACGAAGAACUGAGGCAGCCCUUUUCGGAAUACGGUGAAAUAGUAUCUGUCAAAAUACCAGUUGGAAAAGGAUGUGGCUUUGUACAAUUCGUCAACAGGAACGAUGCCGAGGAGGCAUUGCAGCAGUUGAGUGGUAAAACAAUUGGAAAGCAAACUGUUCGUCUUUCGUGGGGGCAUAGCCCUGCAAAUAAACAGUCGAGGGUCGAUUAUGCACAUCAAUGGACAGGUGCAGCGUACUACGGUGGUCCCUACUUCGACGGCUAUGGAUAUGCUUUGCCGCCACCUCACGAUCCGAAUAUGUACGCCGCUGCAUAUGGUGCGUACCCGUUUUACGGGACCCAUCAACAGCAAGUAAGCUGAAAGAAAAAAAAAAGAAAAAAGUUCGCUCUGCCAAUAAAAAAAUAACAUUUUUUUUUCGCAUACGUGGAGCAAAACCGUAUACCUCACAUGUUUGUUGUGUGUGUUUUGGGCCGAUCCGCACGCACACACACGAGCGUGGAAUUUUGAUCCGAUUUUUUUUAGGUAGUAAGUUAGCUCUCUAGGGAAAAUACUUAAGUGAGGAUUUUUGUUUUGUUUAGAAGUGUGUAUGGACUUGAUAUUGAAGACUCUACUUCUAGAUUUAUUAGAAUAAAAAUGUGAUCUUUCAAUGAAUUAUUUUGAUUGAGAUACAUUUAUAAUUUAUAAUAAAUACUUUGAUUUAUAA